CAGAUUACAGAACAGAACUACUAACCUGUCAGACACACAGAGACCCGACAGAAGACGCUUAAAACUAGUCUAUCACAAUCUUUGUGAAGCCUUCUUUUUCGAACAUUUAAGAUUAGAUUGGAACUGGUUUUGCUCACUUUUGACUCUUCAUUCACUACUUUCCUCCCCCAUUCUUCAAACCUUUCAACUUUCAAUGGCUUCUUGUAAAUCCCUCCUCCCCCAUCUCUCUCUCUCUCUCUCUCUCUCUCUCUCUCUACACACACACUGACUGAAAAUAAUAAUAAUAAUUUCAUAUAUGGAUACGUCUCAAGUUAUUGUAAUGUGUGUUCUGUUAAAUUUUCUUUUCUUUUUCUUUAUGGGGCAGUUUAAUUUUCUGGGGCUUGUUUCUUUGCUCCUUGUUUCCAAUACAGUUUUGAGUUUGAAGGAAUUCAAAGAUUGUUGUGAGUUUGGUAUCUCUCUACACUUUGAUAUUCUCAUUGGCUACCAUUUUUAGUGCGAGGUGUGGGAUUAAUGCACGUUUGCGCUUUUCUCUUCUUUUCAAGUUCUUUCAUGAUACAUAAAACCUCAAAAAGCUGGAUGUUCAUCUCCAAGCAUUCAACUUCCAAUAUUAAUUUAAUGCUCACAGUUAUUGAUACCUUUAGAAUAUUUGUGAGAAUAGUUGAUAUUGCGUACAGUGAAUUUAACUUGUAGAUAGAGUUAUUUUUCCCUUGUAACUUAAUUGCUCUCCUGCUCUUUCUAGUGCCAAAUUUCAAGAACACUCCACAUAGGAGAAACACAUGGUUGAACAUAUCUAAAGCCUAGUGCUUGGUAUCCCAAGGGAAGGAUAAAUAACAUGAAAUAUGCGUUGUAUCUGAUUCCAUAGACAUUUCUUUCUAUAGCGACUAUAUAAUUGGCCAUAUAUGUUCGUGGCCAUCGCCAUGAAAAUGCCAUCUUGUCAAACAACAAGGAUGGGUAAGAAUUAGAUGAUUAUGGGCCUAGAAUAGUAUUCAUAUUUAAGAUUAUAAGAUGUCUUUGUUCCUUUGAUGUGAUUCAGACAUGUGCUGGGAAAAAAUAUUUUGACCUGCUUUUGUACUUUGUGCUUUGGUUCUUACAGAUAGCUUAGGAGCUUUAAAUGUUAAACUCUCAAAGUUGGAUUUUGGUGGAGGAAAGUUUGGUAAUCUGCAGCAACGAAGUGGCGUAAGAGUGUGGAUGGGUAGGGUACAACUGCAAUAUGCUGGUGUGGCUAUAUCACAUAAAUCAAGAAAAGCUUUCAGGGACUACAAAAGAGACCACAUCAUUGGGUUUGACAAGCCAACUUAUUCCAAAUUCAUCUGAGAUUGAAUCUUUGGUCACUGAAAUAUGCAAUACAACUUCAAUAGCCGAGUUUGAAUUGAAACUUGGUGGGUUUCGGCUAUAUGUGAUGAGGGAUUUAACUGAGAAAAAUGAACCUACACCUCAACCCCUGCCUCCUCCUCCUCUUGCUGUCACUGUGAAAACUACUACUGAUGCAUCUGAUCUCAAUGGGUCAGCUUCUACAUCUUUAGCCAUCUCCAAACAAGAGCCUUCUUUUGGGGGGAUUAAAUCAUUUCUUGAUAGAACUACUGAUGAAGGCUUAAUGAUACUGCCGUCUCCAAGGGUGGGGUUUUUCCGGAGAUCUCGAACUAUAAAGGGAAAACGUGCUCCCCCAUCAUGUAAAGAGAAGCAAAUAAUAAAGGAGGGUCAAGUGCUAUGCUACAUUGAACAACUUGGUGGUGAACUCCCAAUUGAGUCUGAUAUAUCUGGUGAGGUCAUCAAAAUACUACGAGAGGAUGGUGAACCUGUAGGAUAUGGAGAUGCACUGAUUGCAAUUCUCCCGUCAUUUCCUGGGAUAAAGAAGCUUCAGUAAUGAGUUGGUUCAUCUCUCCUUGCAGUUUCGGUGGUAAUGGCAUAUAAACGAGUCAUCCUGUGCUAAAUCAUCCUUAGUGGUGGAUAUGUGCAUUCAAACUUAGGAUCGUGGUUCAAUGCACAUCAUCCAAAUUUUGACAUUGCUCAGGAGAAGUAAUUGAACAGGAAUAAAAUGGAGUUUUCUCUUUGACUAGGGGAGUCCAAAAUCUUCCUUCGAUGUCAAAAUACUGUGAACAGGAACCAUGGAUUUCUAGACAUCUCUGAAGUUUCGGCCUCAUUUGACGUUCUCAUCUUUAGUUGUUUUGACUAGAUGAGAAAUAGGACCGCGGAGUCCUCUUUGUAACUCUCGGCUACAUCCCAAGCUUAGAUUUAGUUUCAUUUCAAGCCCAAGUAUUAUUGCAAUUACAUUACAGGUAGAUGUUUUGUAUUUUUAAUUUUUUUGUGUUUUGAUCUUUUUGGUUAUUGAUUUUUUCUCAUUUUAGUCCUUACAAUACGUGUUUAUUAAGAUUUAAAGUUAAUAAUUUAUUACUUUGUAUUUUA